AUGGAAGAGAUUCCUGCCAAGGUCGCUGUGCGAAUAAGGCCUCUGCUUCCAAAGGAGAUCCUCCACAAUCAGCAGGAUGCCUUGACUACAGAUGAAGAAGUUUUCAUUCAGAAAGAAGCUGAAAUAAAGGAAUUACAAGCUCAGGUUAAGUCACCCCUCCAGGAGAAUGAGGAAGAUGAAGAUAGCAAACAAUGGAUACAGGUGCACACCAGCCCCCCUGCAUACUCCCUGGAAAGAGUAAUGGCAGCAUUCAGAACCCAAAGCCAGAUGCUGCUAGCACAAAUUGAGGAGCAAAAUGGGGUUCUGUGCCACGGGAUUUCCGAUAGCAGCGAGGAAGAAGAAAAGGAUGAUGAGAUGGAAAAAGGAGGGAAGUUGUCAUUCAGAACUGCUUUUACUAGGCGUUCUAUCAGUCAUACCUGGACUCUGAGACAGACUCCAUUAGUUACUGAGCUGAACUGCUGCGAUUUGUUCAUUAACCAUAAAAAGAACAAUAUCCAGAACGAGAAUGAUCCUGAGACUAUACAUACUACAGGGGAUGAGCUUGAGACAGCCUUGGCAGAGGAAGCAAGCCUCAGACAAAGCCAAACUCUAAAUCUACAUAAUCUAAAGGAUGCUGAAUUAAGACUUACAGAAGCCAAGCAGAAGACAAAGAAACUAGCGCUUAAUAUCAGAAUGAAGGAGGAACUUAUCAAAGAAUUAGUGAAAACAGGUAAAGAUGCCCAGGAGGUGAACAAAUACUAUUCCAUGAAGAUUGCUUACUUGGAACAGGAGGCUGACCAGGCCAAGAAGGAGCUGGCAGAGACCCAGAAACAACUGCAGGAGCUGGAGAGCAGAGAGGUUCAGGACGGUACAGAGAUAGUCAGGCUACAGAAAGAGUUUCGCAAGAAGGUGGAUACAGCUAAGCUCAAAGUGCAGGUGCUGCAGAAGAAGCAGCAAGACACAAAGAAGCUGACAUCUCUGUCAUCUCAGACUGAGAACUGGCUGACUGAGCUGGAGCAGAACGUGGACCACAUGAAACAGCAACAAACCCAGCUUCACAAAAAACUGAGGGAGGAGACUGAAAAAAAGAAAAAACUGGAGGCAGAGAUAUACAGGGAACAGCAGCGUAUAAAAGAUCUGCAGUUAAAGACAGAGCAGCAACAGAAAAUUCUGAGACUGAAAACCAAAGAAAUAGUUGCAUUUAAAAGAAGGAAACGUGCUGUCAACACUCCGGAUGAACAGCAGGAAAUGCCAGAUGAUCAUGAUUAUGAAAAAGAUGUACAUUCAACCAACUGCAAUUUAGCGAUGAUGAUGAUGAUGAUGAUGAUGAUGAUGAUGAUGAUGAUGAUGAUGAUGAUGAUGAUGAUGAUGAUGAUGAUGAUAAGAAGAAGAAGAAGAAGAGCUUGUUGUACGUGUGACAAUGUUGUGAGAUACAGGUGCAACAGGAGCUCAGGCGGAGUAGCACAAAUGCCACCGUGAUUAAUGUCAGUACAGACAAUACUGCUUUGUCUUGGCACAAUGUUUCCCCUGCAGGUGUAUAUAGCACAAUAAUAAAGUCAGAUGUAAUACAUGUGCUAAAUCUUAUUCAGUUGUCAUUUGAUACUUUUCUUUGCUUGUGACAGUUUUGCUAUUAUGCUUAAUGCACACGGUUGCUGCAGAAGUAAUUCAAUCUCAAAACACUAUUAGCGUUAUUUCAUUGAAUAGCCCGGGAUCCGCCAAUUAAUAAAUCAGCCCAUAGUAUUUUGUGAUGUGCUGUUGUGUACAUGUGACAUCAUGGUAUUUAACACAGUAUAAUCAACGAGACAGAAUGUUGAAGGUACAUUUAGUCCUUUUAUUAACGUUAUAACACAGCACCCAAUGAAAAACGUGCAUUUUGUACAGUUUUAUACACAACCAGAUUUUGCAGUGUGCACCAGCAUUAGACAGUCAGGUUAGGAAAAUGUAUUACAAUAACAUUGCAUUAAACACAACACUACA